AUUUGGAUCGUAAAGAACUGAAGGAUCUUGUUCUUCCUCCUGAGAUUCUUGGUGAAAAUUGGAAUGAAAAAUUAGCCUAUUCUUGUCAAGCGAUACUCAACUUAAAAAUGCAAAUGAAGUUCAAUUCUCAAAUCUUGAAACUUUAUUAUCAAAUAGAAACCAUUUUGGCUGAAAAAGGGUGA